AUGCCCAACGACUUUAAUACUCCACAACAGCCACAGCAAAAACAAAAAGUAUGGGCAACCUUAAUAACAAAAGAAAAUGACUAUAUUAUCAGCGCAAAAGUUCUCGCGUUUUCACUUCUUUGCACCGCAUCAAAAUAUCCAUUAGUAAUAAUGCAUACGAAAACGGUGUCUAAACAAUCACUCGAUGAACUUCUUCAGUUUGAGUGCCAAUUACGACAAGUGGAAUUUUUGGAGCCGCCAAAAGGUGUGGCUCGGGAAAUUGUUAAGGGAUACAACGAGACUUGGACAAAAUUGCGUGCGUGGGGAUUGACGGAAUUUGAGCGGGUUGCAUUGUUGGACGCUGACAUGCUGGUGAUGCAUAAUAUGGAUGAGCUGUUGGACGAUGAUGAGUUGUUAAAAGACGAAAAUUGGUUGGCUGCUUCGAAUGCUUGCACCUGUAACCCUGGAAAAAAUCCGGAAUAUCCGAAAACUUGGGUGCCUGAAUCAUGCGUAUACACUCCUCAAAUAGAAUCUGACAGCAACUUUGCAACUAUCAAAUUUGUCGAUUACUUCAACUCUGGAAUGUUAGUUCUAAAACCCAACGAUGACGUAUUUGCUCGUAUACUUAAAGAACUAUACAAUCAUCCUAAUCCGGACGUAUUAAUAUUUCCUGAUCAAGAUUUUUUAAAUGAAGCCUUCAAAUCACAUUGGGUUCGACUUCCAUACAUUUAUAAUGCAUUGAAAACGCUGCGAAACUGUCAUUCGAACAUCUGGAACGACGAUCAAGUGAAAAAUAUUCAUUAUAUUCUUGAUAAACCGUGGCGGAUUACCGAUCGUGAUUCCGCCGAGGCAAAAUCCAAUCAGGCGUAUGUGUUAAAUUUGUGGUGGUUCAAAUAUUUUGAUGAGAUGAAGAAAUUUGAAGAGUCUCGUUCACGUCAACAGUAG